UAUGCUGCAUGGAUAACAUCUGUGGAUAGGUAACUAUCAAGGAACGUCAAAAGGAUAGGCCAUGCUAUGGAGGAAAAUGCACGCUGCGUUGCCUAGCCUAGAGGUACCUAACCACCACUCCAGUGCCUCCCCAUUUCAGUCAGUACUGCAGCCCAUUCGGACGGGAGCGCCAGCCAAAAAAGGGAAGGGAACAAAACAAGACCCAGAACCCCGAAAAAAACACCUUCCCAAUAUUCUCAAAGUUUACGACAGCCCCAUUACCUUGCAAAACAUAGGGGGAGUGUCUCUGGGCAUCAUGAUUCCCUCCUGCACAAAUGGCAAUGGCCUCUGUAACGCGCUCGACUCGAAGAGCUGAUGGCCUUCAUCACCCGCAUUCCCACCCUCACAUGGUCGCGACAAGCACGCGAAGUCAGCACAGCAUCAAUCAUCACACCAACGCCACCCGCACAAAGCGCUAUCUAGGGAGUCAAGACUAUGCCUUCGAUGCCAUCAAGCACAAGAAGCAGAGAAUUGCUGUCGAGAUUCCCUCGAGAUUGUCGGUUCUCCCACGUCAUGGCUCUCAGCCUUCCAUCCGGCCGCCACCUGUUCUGACGACUACUGUCACGAUUCCCGACCCCACGAAUUGCUCCAACUCCGCUCCUGCUGCUGCACCCACUUCUGACACUGUGCCACCUCCCACCGCCCGACCAUCCUCGACAGCCAGCCCUGCCAAUCCACCACCUCUUGCAAAACAUAAGGAGAAGGUGGUGAAGGGCUUGAAACAUGAGCUGGACCGCUUGAAGCCAGCCCAAAUAGAUACAAAUACGAGGGAACAGGGUCGUAAAUUGCGAUCUCAAGAGGCUACCAGGUUUAAAAGCGACCUCUCAGCUUACUUCCCCGACUACGACGAAGUAAUUGGCAACGAUCCAAAAGAGCAACAUCUGCUCAACCUCGAUACCCCGAUCCUUGUCACCGAUCCCAACCCCAUACCAACCCACACACCAACCUCCACAAAUACCCCCAGCGCUGCUGCCCCUCUCCACCGCCCACUCGACAGCUAUCCCAUACGUGGCUAUGGCGAUGCUUUAUUCACAGAACUUUUUGACUCGCAAAAGAUCGACUUCGGCUUUCUCGAGACCCGAUACAGAAACAAAACACUCCAGGACCCGCUGCCUGACUCGUUCUUCGAGCCCGCCCACAGGAAGGCCGAGCGGUUGGAACGGUCAAUUCGCAACUCGGAAAAAGGACGCGCCCAGCAUGAGAGGGAUCAGAUUGUCAGAUUGCUCGACGGCCUUCAGGGCCAUGACUGGCUGCGGGUGAUGGGUGUCAGCGGCAUUACCGAGAGCAAGAAAAAGAAGUUUGAACCCGCUCGAGAGCACUUCAUCAAGGGGUGCCAAGGCAUUCUGAAAAAGUUCCGGACGUGGGCUGCCGAGGAGAAACGUCGAAAGCUAGAAAAAGAACGCGCCCUUGCCGAGGCCGACACCGAGGCCGACGCUGCCGACGCUGCCGACGCUGCCGACGCUGCCGACGCUGAAGACGAGAAGGACGAGGAGGGCGAGGAACCUGAGGAGGACGGAGUGGAUGAUCAGGAAGAUGAAAGGGAGCGGGCGGGCCGAUCAGAUGAGAGUGAAGAAGGAUCAGGGGUGGACCAUGGAGGCGACGCGGAGAGUAUCGGCGACCCACCUGAUUACAGCGACGUGGAUUUCUCGGCCGCGAAGCAACUGCGAGAAGAGGCCAUGGCGGCGGCCAAGUCGCGCUCCAAGACGGCGAGGAGUAGAUUGGCAACGCAAACAGAAAUGCAGCCCGCCGAACCGGAACCCUGGAAGGAGUUCACCUCCUUCUUCCGCAAGAAAUACCAGAGGGACGCGGCACUUAGCAAGAGCCGCCGCAGGGGCAGAACAGUGAUGGCAUGGGGCCAACCUGUUCCAGAAGUACCAGAAAUGGACUUCGACCUCCCCGCGGAUCUCCGCGAUGAGGAGACUCUGAGGUCACACGCGAGGCGGAAGCGGAGAGACAAGCGUGGCAAGCAUUAGCCAUUGGGGCCUCUCUGCAAACACGUAGCAGUGCGGCACAGCAUGUAAUCAAGGUUCUGGAGUAGUGCGGCGUUUGCUUGGUUGUCAUGGGAUAGUCAUUUCUGUCCAAUGGAGUAUGGAACAUGGUUCCCGGGGAACGCGGUCAUGGGCCCAUAGCACGCUUGAUAGUUG